AUGAAAGUAUGGACAACCCUAGACCAACAGUUAGCCGAACAAGAGAGUAACCCGAAACAGGAUUUGGAGACAAUCUACGAGCAUCCGGUAAAAAUCAAGGAUCUACGAACACCAGAUCGCAUAUUCAAAGUGGUGUUCGUUGGGGAUUCGGCUGUUGGAAAGACGUGUUUCUUGCACCGGUUUUGUUACAAUCGCUUCAAGCCGUUGUUCAGUGCGACGAUCGGCGUUGAUUUUACUGUGAAGACUAUUUGUGUUGGUAAUCGGGUGGUGGCCUUACAACUCUGGGACACUGCUGGCCAAGAAAGAUUUCGAUCCAUAACGAGGCAAUAUUUUCGAAAGGCUGAUGGUGUGUUGGUGUUAUUCGAUGUUACGUCAGAACAGAGUUUCCUGAACGUACGAAAUUGGAUCGAAUCAGUACGGUUAGGAGUUGAUGAGACGACAAUAAUGGCACUGGUCGGCAACAAGGUCGAUCUGUUCGGCAAUGAGUCAACCCGCAGCACUGUGUUCAGAGCAGGAAAGAAGCUCGCUGAAGUGAGCCCUUUUUCGUCCUGUCCUGUAGAGGCCUUCGAAAAUAGUUCACUUCGAGCUCCGUUGAGUUCAACAUGCCUUUUUAUGAGACCAGUGCCUAUACAGGAUAUGGAAUCGAUCAUUGCAUGA